GUUGCGGUGGCGUUUGACGUCACUGUACUAGGAAGUAAACAAACAUGGCUGUACGUUGUACGGAUAAGUUACAUGACUUGUUUUUACUCAUUUUUGUAUCUGUGUUUGUUUUGUUUGUACAGUCCACCAGCUUACUGACUUCAGCGAAGGUCGUACAUGGUGAAUUCAAACAUGGCCGAAGUUUUCGAAGUGUUUCCAAUUCUACAGUUCCACCUCCAGGGGUCAGACUGCACCCCGGCGUCAUCGCGUCCGUCGUAAUCGUUGCAGUUGCUGCAGUAAUGGCUGCAGGUUUUAUUAUUCGGAAAUACUGUUUUCUGCAGAGUGAUGCCACAUACAGAUACUCAGUGCUGAGGCGGAUGGAGGAGCAGAGAGAGGAGGAAUCUGAUGAGGAUCUUUUGGAGUGAAACCAGGAACAAUGUGGAUUUAAAGAAAUAACAUAAUUGUUGGGAUUUUCUUCAUAAACAGUUGUCCUUUUCAGCGUCGUCUUCCAUCUGUCCCGUGGUUUAAUGCCAGAACCAUUAUGGGCUUUUAAAGGUCACAUGGUGCUGAUAAACUUCGCGGCUGUGAAUAGUAGAAUGAUUUUUCAGGGACUAGACUUAACUGGGGAUCUGCCUGUGUUUAUUUUUAUUUAUUUAUUUAUGAUUAUUAUUAUUAGUAGUAGUAGUAGUAGUAGAAGUUACAGAAAGAAUAACCCUACAUUUUAAUGCUGUUCACUUGUCUGCGUGUUAGUGUUGUGAAUGUUUGAUUGUAAAUGUCAAAAACACAAGAACAACUCAACUUGGCUCAACUCAACAAGCCAAAUGUGUUCAGUUGGUGGGAAAUUAAGGAAUAAAGAUCAUCAUGGCUCUGAGAAAUAGUUUAACAAUUGGACCAUGUUUAAAUAAAUAUGUUCUGAGGAAGCCAAUCGUAUGUAUUAAAGUUCUGCAAAACAGAACAAGAACCCAUGCUGUACAGUAAAUAACAAUAAUGAAUUGCUCAUUAAUCUGUAUUACCACAACUUUACUUUAGCCUAAAAGUCCCCCCCCCCCCCCUUGUCAUUAUUGUUUGUAGUAUAGUUCAACACUUUUAAAUUUCUGUGUUAUUUUUAAUUAUCUGUUUGUAUUUAAAGAUAGAUUUGUGUGCUGGUGUCUUAUAAGGUGAAUUCCACUGGGCUUUUGCACAUACUUGAUUUAGGAUUGUUUUUGUCUUUCAGCUACAUGGAUUUGCUUGAUUUACCAUUAUGUAUUUUGCUUUAUUAUUAAUUAAGAUGAUUAUGUAUUCAUGGAUAAAUUUGUUUUGUUGUAUUUGUUUUUUUUUAAGCUGUCAAAGAAUAUAACUAGAUUUUUCUGUGUCUGAAGUGCUAUUGCUAUAUAUUGUAUUAGAUUGUAUUUCUUGAUAUAUCUAUAUAUACCUCUGAAAGAUUUCCUGACCUGGAAAGUUCUGAAAUCUCACCGCUUAUGAUUGUUGAAAUGUUAUUUCAAACAAUCUUUAUUGAAAAGUUACUAAACUCACUGUAACUAAAUUUAACUGACAUAAUAAAGGAUUAUUGUUUAUACAGUGGGUGGUGCAAUGGGGCAGCUCCAGGAUGGUGGAUUCAUUCCUGAACUGUGUGUGUCUACACAAAUACAUAUGAGGUUUGAAGAAGUGUUUGCUACAGGAUAUGAUUUUUAGCCACUGAACCUUCGAUAAGAAGAAAACAUUUAAUGAAAUCGUGUUACGAGUUGACAAGAUGAUGACAAGAAAGAGAAAAUAUCAAGAGCUGUCCUUCGCUGUCAUGUUUGUGGUCAUCACUGUUUUAAUAUGGGGGACCCUUCUUAAGAAGAAAUCUCUUCAAGAGCAUGCAAAAUAUGUGCAUAGCAGAGAAAGUUCUGGAUCAGACUGUUUUUCUCCAGCUUUGUUUGAGCUAAAGCCAGGUUAUCCAGGUUGCUGCCCUCAUAAGAUUUGCCCCACAGACCACUUCCCUUUCUUUCUGCGCAGUGGAGCAGCCAAUAUGGUUGGGCCAAAGAUCUGUUUUAACAAUAGGAUUAUUCUGUCAGGAGGACAAAACAAUGUUGGAUGGGGUGUGAACAUUGUGAUAGUGGAUGGUGAAACUGGGAUGAUAUUAAGAAGUGACUUCUUUAAGGUCCAGUCUAAGGGACUGCAUGAUUUUCUAAAGGAAGUACAUAAUGGAAAUAUAGUUUUAGUAGCCUCUUAUGAAGACCCUACAGUACAGUUGACUGAUGAGGUUAGAAAGCUGUUUGCUGAAAUGGGCAGCAGUAUGGUCUCCUCAGUGAAGUACAGGGACAACUGGGUGUUUGCUGGGGCAGUUGGACUAAAUAAGGGAAGUCCAUUUGAAAAGCUCAUCGUGAAUGAUAAGAAGACAAAUGCAUAUGGAGAUUGGCCAGAAAUAGGGGAACUUGAUGGCUGCUUUCCCAGAAAGGUCUGAUCAGCACUAAAUGAGCCUGCUGCACCAACCACCUGGAGACCAUUAAAACACAGAACAUUGCGACUCUGGGAUGUAAAUCUAUGACAUUUUUUAUUUUAAAUGUUUGCAUAUGGAUGCCUGAUGUAUUAACCAUGCAUUAUCCUUAAUUUGUAUCCUAAUUUGUAUCUAAAAAGAUAAAUCCAGAUAAAUCCAAUACUCUCAAACAAAGGUGUUGGUAUUGUUGUACCCUCAGUUCAAAAGCAAUAUUAUAAUUUCCCCAGAACGACAUGCACUUGCAUGCAUUACCUCUGCAAGUUUUCUCUUGCCACACUUGGCUGCCAUCAUCUUUAUCAACUUUUACAUUCAUAUUUUUUAUUUUAUUUUAUAUUUCAUGAAUGACUGAAGAGGCGAAUACAUAACAACCAUUACAUUAAUGUCAUUUGCAUUAAUGUAAUGUGAGAUACUUAUUGUGAUAAAAGCUUCCAUUAUGAGAAGAAAAUGAUCUGAAGAAAACUGCCACAUGGAUAUAAACAUUUACUGCAUCACAGAUUAUGCCUGUGGCAGUUCACAAAUUUAUGUAAGAAUUUUUCUGAAACUUUCCUAAAUCCAUUAGAGAAGUUGGAUUGAUGCAGCUGUUUCAAUUCACUCUUCCAUAUGUUGUCCGCAGGCGGACUAUAGCCUUCAGCACCUGCAUUCAUGAUGUGAUUAACCUAUUA